AUGGCUACCGAUACCAAUACCUACAAGCUCAACCACACUAUGAUCCGGGUCAAGGACCCAAAGCGAUCAGUGGAGUUCUACGAGUUCCUUGGGAUGAGUGUGAUUAAGAAGUUGGAUUUCCCCGAAUGGAAGUUCUGUAAUUAUUUCCUUUCCUACAAUGGACCAAACUCCUUGCAAGGCGACCGACACUUUACCGACCGCAACGCCAACAUCGAGCUUACCCACAACUAUGGCACUGAGAAUGACCCCAACUAUAGUGUGGUUAACGGCAACACUGAGCCUUACCGGGGAUUCGGCCAUCUCUGCAUCUCGGUCGACAACAUUGAAGCCGCGUGCAAGCGCAUUGAGGACGCUGGAUACCAGUUCCAGAAGAAGUUGACUGAAGGUCGCAUGCGCCACAUCGCCUUCGCCAAGGAUCCCGAUGGAUACUGGGUUGAGAUUAUUCGUCGCGGUGAUGAAGACCUUACUCCCACCACCGACCCAAGCAGCUACCGGCUGAACCACACCAUGAUCCGUGUCAAGGAUGCCGAGAAAAGCUUGAAAUUCUACCAGGAGAAACUGGCGAGAACCCCGACAACAAGUUCAAUCCUAUACUUCUUGGGUUAUCCGGGGGCCAACCCCCCUAUCAAGGACGGUGUUAAGAACGCCGUCGCUGAAUGGGAAGGCUUGCUUGAGCUGACAUGGAACUACGGGACCGAGAAGGAGGAAGGUCCAGUAUACCACAACGGGAACACGGAGCCUCAGGGAUUCGGCCAUAUCUGCAUCACUGUCGAUGACUUGGAGGCUGCCUGCCAGCGUUUUGAGGAUCUUGGUAUUCCAUGGAAGAAACGUCUUACGGAGGGUAAAAUGCACAACGUGGCCUUCAUCCUGGACCCGGAUGAAUACUGGAUCGAGGUAAUCCAGAACGAGCGGAUCAAGCGCACUUCCAACUGGUAA